GCCUGCAUGUGCGUUGGUUGCGCGUUAUUGUAUCACGUGUUUAACUUACCUGGAUUUAUUUUAUUAUUUCUGAAAAAAAUGGCAGAAAACGAAAAAAGUAAGAAAAAGGAUAAGAAGAAAUCUCUUGGAGAGAUGCAAGUCGCUAUGGAUUGCGAACUUAAACCAUCCAAUGAAAAAGUAAAAUUAGAUUGCGAAAAUUGGCCACUUUUAUUUAAGAAUUUUGACAAAAUGUUAACUCGAACAAAACAUUUUACUCCUUUACCUAGUGGUUCUACUCCGCUUAAUCGUUCAUUAUCAGAAUAUAUCAAAGCGGGUGUUAUUAAUCUUGAUAAGCCUUGCAAUCCAUCUUCACAUGAGGUCGUAGCUUGGAUUAAAAGAAUUUUGAAAGUAGAAAAGACUGGUCAUUCGGGUACUUUGGAUCCUAAAGUAUCAGGAUGUUUGAUAGUUUGCAUUGACAGAGCAACGAGACUGGCAAAGUCUCAACAAUCUGCAGGAAAAGAAUAUGUGGGAGUAUUUAAACUCCAUUCAGCACCUGAAAGUGUUGCAAAAGUACAACAAGCAUUAGAAAAAUUACGUGGUGCAUUGUUCCAAAGACCUCCUCUUAUAUCUGCAGUCAAACGACAAUUACGUGUUAGAACUGUCUAUGAUAGCAAGUUUUUAGAUUAUGACGAAGAGCGUAAUAUGGGAGUUUUUAAUAUAAAUUGUGAAGCUGGUACAUAUAUUAGAACUAUAUGUGUACAUCUUGGACUUUUUUUGGGUACUGGUUGUCAGAUGCAAGAUUUACGAAGAUGUCGUUCUGGUAUUCAAUCUGAAAAGGAUAAUAUGGUUACUAUGCAUGAUAUUCUUGAUGCUCAAUGGUUAUAUGAUAAUCAUGGGGAUGAAUCUUAUUUGAGAAGAAUUAUUAAGCCACUGGAAUCUCUUCUAGUAAAUCAUAAAAGAAUAAUUGUCAAAGAUAGUACAGUAAAUGCAAUUUGUUAUGGAGCUAAAUUAAUGUUACCAGGCAUUUUGAUGUACGAUGUUGAUAUUGAACUAAAUCAAGAAAUAGUACUUGUAACAACAAAAGGCGAAGCUAUAGCACUUGCUAUAGCAUUAAUGACGACGUCAACAAUUAGCGCUUGCGAUCAUGGAGUAGCAGCUAAAAUUAAACGUGUUAUCAUGGAGAGAGAUACAUAUCCAAGGAAAUGGGGUUUGGGACCUAAGGCAUCUGUUAAAAAACAAAUGAUUAUUCAAGGUACCUUGGAUAAACACGGUAAACCUAACGAAAAUACACCAUCUGAUUGGUUACAGAAUUAUUCUGAUUAUUCUACCACAGCUGAAUUUAAAUUUGAAAAUAAUGGAUCAGUUGCUGGUAAAAAAAGGAAAUAUGAUGAAACAAUUUGUACAAAAACUUCUACAGAAACUCCUACGAGAACUUGUACAGAAAUUCCUACAGAAAUUCCUACAGAAACUCCUACAGAAACUCUUAUGGACAUAGAUAAAAUCAAAAAGGAAGACGAAGAGCAAGAUUUGUCAUUAACAAAAGAGAAAAAGAAAGAAAAGAAAGAAAAAAAGAAGAAAAAAGAAAAGAAAAAACAAGAUGAUGAAUCUAAAUCUAAGGAAAAAGAAUCUACACUUUCAAGCUAGUUUAAUUUACUUAUUUUGAAAAUUUUAGAAAAUCUUUUCUAAUAACGUAAGCUGACAUCCCGCAAAUAAUAUCGAAAUAUGUCAUUAGGAAAAAUCUUUUAUUUGAAUUCUUUUUAAAUUUUAUUUUAAAGAUGUCAUCGUUUAAAUUCUGAUUAGAACAAUUUGAUAUUCGCUUUAUAAUGACGUAAAUUUAAAAAUAACACGGUGUAAUUAUACUUACAAAUAUUAAUAUAAAAUUAAUAUAAAAAACAUUUUUUCACGUAAUGAAUAAUCUUGUACGUAUAAUGUUCAGUGAUAUACGAAAUCAGAUUUUCUAUCUUUUGAUGCAUUUCAAAAUAUAACUAUGAUAAUCUUUUAAUUAAGAGUUAUGUAAUAUUAAUAUUUUACUGAGAUUGUUUCGUGUAUAUAUACAUAUAAAAUGUAGUUACUACGAAAUGUAUAGGUAUCAUAUCAUAUUUUUCCAAUUUUUAUAAUUGAUCUAAUUAUUACAUAGUAUAUUGCAUAAAUGAUUUUAUCUAAUAGACAUUUAAUUUCAUUCUAUCAUAGUUUUAUUGUUAAAUCAGAGAUAUGCAAAAUAGAUUCUAAAUCAGUUGUUCCUUUCAUUUACAUAAUUAUGAACACUAUCUUUGUUUUGUCUACAAUUGUAGAAUUUGUAUGUAUAUUAUUAAUUUCAAUUCUAUCUGGAAAUACUAAAGAAUUAAUGUAAAAACACUCGAGUAGAGACACAAUUAUUUAGUAAUAACAUAAGUAUCAUUGUUCUUGAACUUUUCGAUGAAAAAUUUGUAUGUCUCUGGUUCUGACGUAUUUGUACUUCUAAGAGAGUAUUGUAUUAUGUUUUUAAACCUAAUAUCUAUUUAAAUGAGUUUAUAAAAACAAUAUUAUAAGAAAAAAGAGAACGUAAAUGAAAUGUAAAAAUAUCUUUACGCAACGAUUACAUUAUAUAACAUAAAAAUACAAAAUAUACUUGGAUCUCUGUUUAAAAAAA